AUGGAUCGAAAAAUAGUUUGGAGGGUAUUGUUACUGCUAUUUGUACUAUUUGUUCAAAAGUCUGAGCAAGCUAAGAAGCAAAGAACAGCAGUUAUUACAGAUAUAGGUGAUAUAAAAGAUUUUAAGAAACUAUUAAGAACUAAGACUAAUGUUUUGAUAUUAUAUGUAAAUGAGCCGAAGAAUUCACACACCAUAGUAGAUGUGUUCAAAGACACUGCUGAUGCUAUGAAGGGACAAGCUACUCUAGCUCUAAUAGACUGUACUAGUAGCGAAGGUAGGAAGCUUUGCAAGAAACUGAAAGUGGCUACAGAUAAACCAUACUACAUGAAGCAUUAUAAAGAUGGUGAAUACCAUAAAGAUUAUGACAGAAACGAGUCAAGUUACUCGCUGUCAAACUUCUUGAGGGAUCCCACUGGAGAUCUGCCAUGGGAUGAGGACCCUACUGCCACUGACAUAUUUCAUCUUCAAGAUGGAGAGGCUCUGAACAAGUUCUUGAAGAAAGGCGCUGGUGCUUAUAAGAAAUCUAUGAUAAUGUUCUACGCGCCCUGGUGUGGAUACUGUAAGACUCUGAAACCGGAGUACGUUAAUGCUGCUGCUGAAUUGAAGGGCGAAUCAUUACUUGCUGCGAUUGAUGUAUCGAAACCAGGAAACUCAAAAAUAAGGCAAUUGUACAAUAUUACUGGCUUCCCUACGCUGUUAUAUUAUGAAAAAGGCCAAUACAAACUGCCGUACAAUGGCGAGAACAAAAAACAAGCUAUCAUUGAUUUCAUGAGGGAUCCAACAUCUGCAAUGCAACAAAAGAAGAAAGAAGUAGUUGAUGAGAGCUGGCCCGAAGACUCUGAUGUUGUGCAUUUAACUGUUGCCAAUUUUGAUGAAACUCUUACGAAUGUUAAAAAUGCACUCGUAGUCUUCUAUGCUCCUUGGUGUGGACAUUGCAAGAGAAUUAAGCCUGAGUUUGAGAAAGCAGCCAAAAGGAUCAAGUCUGAAAAGAUCGACGGUAUUUUGGCGGCAGUUGACGCCACAAAGCAACCCGACCUCGCUUCUCGUUUUGGUGUGAAGGGAUACCCAACUCUAAAGUACUUCAGCAAAGGAGAAUACAAGUUUGAUGCAAGCCAUGCCAGGCAAGAAGACCAAAUUAUUAGUUUUAUUAAGGACCCUCAAGAGCCACCGCCACCACCACCCCCGGAAAAGCCGUGGUCGGAAGAGGAGUCGCCCGUGCGCCACCUCGACUCCUCGACGUUCAGAAACACACUGCGCAAGAUCAAACACGCCAUUGUCAUGUUCUAUGCACCAUGGUGUGGACACUGCAAAAGUACUAAGCCGGAGUUUGUGAAAGCCGCAGAGAAAUUCGCUGAUGAACUAAUGGUAGCGUUCGGAGCAGUUGAUUGUACUGCCGACCAGGAACUGUGUGCUAACUAUGACGUCAGAGGCUACCCUACGAUCAAAUACUUUAAUUUCUACGACAAAGCCGUCAAGGAUUACACAGGUGGUAGAAAGGAAGGUGACUUCGUGAACUUCAUACAUAGUCAAGCGGACUUCCACCCGACCGCUCAAAAGGAACUAACGGCGCAGCAAUCUGGUUUCGGCCUAAAUGUAGUGAUGACUAGCGACGUAGACUUUGAGCAGGUCAUGAAAUCAACGACACCUUCCUUCAUCAUGUUCUUCGCGUCUUGGUGUUCACACUGCAUGGAUGCGAAACCACAGGUUAAUCUCCUAGCAGACAAGCUAAAAGCUGAAGAUAUCCCUGUUAAAGUAUAUGCUGUGGAUGCAUCUAAGAACCAGAAGGUCGCUGACCUCGCUGGCAUACAGACUCUACCAACGUUUAAACUGUACACGAAUGGACAACUUAUUGCCGACUAUGAAGGCGGUCGCACUCUCGACGAGAUGUACGAGUUCUGUCGCAAUUACGCUGGCAAGGUGAAGGAUGAGUUGUGA